GCGGACAAACAGUGGACGACACCCGACGGGCCCCGGAAUAGCACCAACUGUUGGCCGCAUAGCUCUAUGGCUUUCACCGUAUUUACGAGCAAAUCAUUUGAGGCCAUCACUCCAUACCAUAUGCAAGUACUCAUUCGUAUCGAUCGUACGGAUAGUGCGGUUGUGUUGCCCUUCAAUCAGGUCUACAAUGAGAUCCGCAAACAAAUCAAACACAACAUCACUAAACAUAGCCAUAUGUUUGAGUCGGGCGACGACUGUAUUCAGUGUCCAUUCCAUGGCUGGAGGUUUGGCGGAGACGGACAGUGCAAACGCAUACCCAAUCUCAACGACUCUGAGUUAAAGACAGUGAAAGCUAUUGUAACCAAUUGGCCGACAGUCGAGAAAAAUGAGUUAAUUUAUAUUUGGCAUCACUCGGGAGGGGCCGAUCCCGACCACUACCCCGAAGAUUUUCUUGCUAAUUGUGUCCUGUAUAUUGUUAUGACACUGGAAGACAAGUAUCGCACAGUUGCGGUGCGGAACAGCUGGGGAGAAGUUCAGAGCGGGAACAUCUCGCGGCCAACGGUUGUGGACUUGUUCUCAGUGAACAAAAGACGAUGA